AUGUCUCCUCUCUUCUGUUUCUUGGCUUUGUUCCUCGCUGUGCAGAAUAUCGAUGCAGAGCGUCCAACUGAAGUAAGAGUGAUAACCAAUCAGUUGUUCCAUCAUCUCUUGAACAACAUGCAUAUGAAAGUGUUUAGAAAUAUGCUGGACGAGUACCUCGGAACUAAAGGUAUCAAUUUUGCUCAAGAGGAAAUUCAAGAGAGAAUUGUGGACGAGAGAGGCAUGUUUGCUGUUCGCUACAUUCUGCGUGGUUUUGAAUGCAAUGAGAGUUUUUUUUUCAGCUGGUCGAACUUGCACGUGAUGGCAAAAGCAGAACAGACUUCGUAUCAGCCGUCAAAAUCAAGUGCCCGUGCAAACCCGAAAUUGUGA